CUCGUCCAAUCAGUACGAACUCGGUUCCCGCCAGCGAAGUGACGACUUCCCCAAGACGACAGCGACAGCGCGCGAGAAAACCUCUCUAACUGUCCCCACCAACUCACGACUGCCGUUAGUCAGAGACAGAGACAGAGUCAGAGUCACACAGUCAGAGUCGCGUUCUCUUGACCAAAAAGUGCUGCUGCCCCCGAUAUACUAUAGUAGAAAGAAAAUAGUUUAUAGCCAAUAAGUUGCAGCGGCAGAUGACAAAAGAUUCAAGAUACAAAUAAUCAUCCAUCCAUCCGCAGUGGAGAACGCGCGCUUCGCAUCGCCAACUGAAACGAAUGCGGAAGUGGAGAGCCGGCGGCUUUUUAUCACCUUUUUGCAUUACGCGUGCAGUCCGCUCCGUUGCGAAGGAUCCCAUAAAAAGCCCCGUAAAACAAAAGCAAAAGCUAAAUGAUACUUAAUGUUCCCUCAACAAAAAAGAGUUGUGCAAACAAAAGUGCCCGCCCCCAGCCCCCCAGAGCUCCCAGAGGAGGAAGAAAGUGAUCGAGUGUGCCUUCAUUUGCAUAUCCUUGCAAAUUACUUAAAUUAAAAUAUUAUUAAAACGUGCAGCAAUGCCUGCUGUUGUUCCGUUGUUACCCCCAAGUGCCAUUCAAUAAUAUUCAAUAAUUCGGAAACAAAUUCCCGAAACCGAAAGCCGCAAACCAGCAACCAGCAACCAGCAAUCCGCGAUCGCCUGCAAAUUUGAUUAAUCAUUGUGCCUUGAACUGGUCGUCGUCGUGACUCGUGAGACAGGGAAACGCCGCUGCCUUAAUUACCCGCAAAUAAAACAAAAUUCAACAAAUUAUUCAGUUAAAUUUAAGUACAAGCCGCAGACCUGUGUGUGUUCGUGUGUGUGGUGUAGUCCUCCUCUCAAACCUUUCCUCGAACGGAGCCCCUGGAUGCAAAUAAACUCCGCUUAAAUGCAUACGGAUAUCAUAAUCGGUGACCAAUUUGCGGCCAACAACAACUACUGGGUGAUGCAGUCCCCGGAACUGGACUAUGGGCACGAGCUGAUGGGACGUCUCCACAAGAUAGAGCCCGCCGACGUGGAGCUGGAGGUUCUGGCUGCCGCCACCAGCAACAACAGCCACAACAGCAAUGGCAGCCAGACCCCCAGCCUGGCAGCAGCGUCCCACCAGCAGCAGACCCAGCAGCAACAGCAGCAUCAGUUCCACCAUCAUCACCUGCAUCAUCAUCAUUCGCACCAGCACCAGCACCAGCAUCACCAUCAGCACCACCAUCACGCGGCGCACCACUUGCACCACCAGCAGCAGUCGCACAGCCUGCAGAGCGGCGAGAGUGGUGGCACGGACGCGUGGCAGCUGUCAGCGGUGGGUUAUGGCUCGACGGAUCCCCAGCAGCAGCAGCAGCAGCAGCAGCAUGCCGCCGGCUCCCCCAACUCCAACUCAAGCUCCGCCUAUGCCUGCACGCCCCUCUUCGAUGGUGCGCCCUACGAGGUGGCUCUGGGCUAUGUGGGGGGUUCGGGUGCAGCCUCAGCCUCGGGCGGCGGCAGCAGCAGCACGGGCGGGGACAAGGAGUAUUUGUAUGAAACCAAAAACAAAGAGACGGCAACGCUCUUUGCGAAUCCAUUGGACGAUGCGUAUCCGCGGCCAGUGCUCUGGGACGAUAUUACUACCUCAAUACAAAAUAUCGAUCCAGAGAACGCGCUCAUGCUGAGUGCCACAACGAACGGUGGCAGUGGCAGCAGCAACAACAACAACACAACAAGCGGCAGCAACAGCAAUGGGGACAAUGCAACAUCGGUGCAACAGCAGCAACAGCAGCUGCCACAGGUCAAAAUGGAAGCGCUGGAUGAGAGUUUGCUAGAGACUUUCUCAACGCCGCUGCUCAGUCCGAUGGAGAUCAAGACAGAGAAGCAGCAGCGACAACAGCAGCAGCAGCAGCAACAGGCACAACAGCAGCAGCAACAGGCUCAACAGCAGCAGCAGCAAUACCAGCAGCAGCAACAUCAGCAACACUAUCAGCAACAUUAUCAGCAACAGCAGCAACAGCAGCAGCACUUGUACCAGCAUCAUCCCAGUCUGUCGUCGGUGCUGCCACCCGCUGUCGAGUCGGUGGUGGAGUUGCAACUGCAACAGCAGCUAGCGCAGCAGCAACAGCAGCAGCAACACAGUGGCAGCAACAGCCCCAAGCAGCAGCUGCAGGCAACGGCGACCCCCGGCGACAAUAACAACAGCAGCAGCACCUCCUCCUAUCAGCAGCAAUACGCAUCUCAAUUGAAUGCCACCGCAUCAGGCGGCGGCUAUCUGAACGGUAGCAACAGCAGCAGCAACACGACAGCCAUCAGCAGCAGCAGCAGCAGCUACGGCUACAGCUGGCACAACAGUCAGACAUUUCACACCAAAUACCAAAUACACCCGCCAUCCGCAGCAGCAGCAGCAGCGAGUGCUGCAUCCGCCCACACUGCCACGCCCACAGCUCAACAUGGCGUUGCUCAAUUGCAACAACUGUGCCCCCCGGCGGCACCCAGCACACCCUCUGCCACAUCCUCGUCUGCCUCCUCGUCAUCGGCCUCGUCUUCGACGCGCCACAUGUUCGUCCCACCGCUGACGCCGCCCAGCUCAGAUCCGGGCAGCCCCUCAGCGGCAGCCGCAGCCGCCCAGCGACGCACCACCCCGCCACCGCCCUACCAGCAAGGUCACGGACUGCUGGUGGGUCUCCCACAGCCACCGCAGCUGCAGCUACUGGGCGUUGGAGGGGGUUCUGCCACGACGCUCACCACCCUCACAGCCUCCGCCUCUGUAUCCGCGCAACAGCAGCUGACCCAGCAGCAGCAGCCCUCGCCCGUGGCACCUGCAGCACCUCCGCCGCGUUCUGGUGGCUCCUCUGGCCGAAGGGGCAGGCAUGCGCACCAUCAGCCCGGGACGGCGGCGCACAUUGCCAGCCUCAUGAGCGUGCGGACAGUGCGCUACAAUCGACGCAACAAUCCGGAGCUGGAGAAGCGUCGCAUCCAUCACUGUGAUUUCGUGGGUUGCUCCAAGGUGUACACCAAAAGCUCGCAUUUGAAGGCCCAUCAGAGGAUACACACGGGUGAAAAGCCCUACACCUGCCAGUGGCCCGAGUGCGAGUGGCGCUUUGCCCGCUCCGAUGAGCUGACGCGACACUACCGCAAGCACACGGGCGCCAAGCCCUUCAAGUGCAUCGUUUGUGAGCGAAGUUUUGCGCGUAGCGACCAUUUGGCGCUGCACAUGAAGCGGCAUUUGCCCAAGAACAAAUGAGAGCGAAAGAAGGUCCCUCCCACGGAAGGGGAGCGACCUGCAGAACAACCACAUGAGCAACAGGAGCAACAACAAAAUCAACUAUACCACAAUCCAAAGGACUUUAGUUUAGUUAUGACAAAUGAAUUCGUUUAGUUGAAAGGUUAACUAUAGUACUAAAGGGUACGACUACUAAAUAAACACACACUAAACGAACUCUAGGAAUCGCUGGCAAGAACUCAAACUAACUCAAAUCUAAAACUAGUUUAAGUACUAGUGAAAUUACCAUCGUUUAUGCUUCAACAAACAUUCAAAAACCUACAAAUCUACUCUUAAGCACCCGCCCCCUGCCCCGCACUUGUAUAUAUUUCUUGAUGUAGGUUCUCCCCGCAUAAGAACUAACUAGAUUCCCCGUCAUCAUAGGCUUAGUUCGUAGACAAAACAAAAACAUAGUUCAUAGUCUGCUAUCUUAAAUGCUACAUUUGCUGUAUGUAUCUCCCAUAUAAAUAUCCAUCUGUAUCUGUAACUGUAACUGUAUUCCGUGUACGACUAGUUUUUAGCCAUAGAUCUAUCUAUAUGUAUUUCAACGUAAAUAUACAUACAUAUAUGUAUAUCUGUAUAUGUUUAGUUUAAGUGUGUGUGCGUCGCUGUAUACUGUUUCAAACCACCAAAAAGUGCUGGCACAAAACAAAAAUCCAAUAAACAUUUUUGA